AUGGAGGCUGUGACGAUCUCGAUCCGACGUCCCAUCGACGACCCCCUCUACCUGGCCGGCACCUUCUCCGACCCCCAAUGGGAGCCCGUCGAGCUCAGCUCCAAGCCCGUCGACACCGAACCCGAUGAGGACGGACUCAUCUCCACCGAAUAUCUCUUCUGGCACGACCUGACCCUGCCUCCCGGCCAACAUCAGUACAGAUUCCGUGAGGGGAAAAAGGGCCCGUGGUUUCAUGAUGAGGCCGUAAAGCAUGUACCCGGUGAGGGUGGCUUCGUCAACGUGUUUACUGUUGGGGAGAAGGAGUCCGCGGCCGAUGCUGUUCAGCCCGUUGUGGAGAACGAUGUCAGCGAGAAGACGGAAGAGAUUGUCUCGGAGGACGCUACGCCCAAGGAGAACGGGGUCAAUGGAGUCGCCGAGCAUGACACACCUGCGCAAGAGUCCACGCCCGAGGAGCACAAGCCUGAGCCCGUCGCCGCUCAAAUAGAGACCGAGCUGGAGGAGCCUGUCACUAACGGCAGCGCCGCAAACACUGAGGUCAAUGGCACCGAGACUGUGGAGCAGCCCUCGGAAGAAAAGCCUACGGUCACCGCGAACGCCCCCGAAGCCGUGGAAGAGAAGUCCGCCGAAGCUGAGCCAUCCACCGAGAAGGAAGAAGCCGCCGUCACUGAGACUCAAGAAGCUCCAGUCAUCACUGAAGUUGCCGAAGCCGCCACAGAAGCCGACAAGGACUUAAUAAAGGAAGAAGAGCCGACCACUGCUGUUGAGAGCGCCCCCGAAACCGACAGCAAGGCAGCUGAAGAGCCCCAGACGGAGAAGGUCGCCGACGAGCCCGUGCCUAAGGCCGAAGAGUCUGCUACCGAGAGUGUGGCUGUAGAGACUGCCGCGGAAGACACCCCUGCAGUGGGAGCCGUCUCGGAAAAGACUGCUGAGACCGAGCCCGUUGCGACCGAGACUUCCGUUGAGGAGUCGACCGCUCAAGAGCCCGUCGAGGAGCAGCCCAUCAAGGAGGUGGAGGCGACUGAGGCCGCGGUGGUCGAGUCUACGGAAGAGGCCGCUGAGGAGGAACCCGUGUUACAAGAGUCAUCCGAGUCAGCUGCUCCUGUCGAGUCUACGACUGAACCCAGCGCCGAGACCAAGGAGCUUCCCGAGGAUAGCAAGACCCAACAAUCCCUCGAAGUUGCUGCUCCUGUAGUUUCCGCUGAGGAGUCUGUCACACACGAGGCCUCCGAGAAAUCCGAGGAGACCCCCUCUGUUGAGACUACCGCUCAGGAGCCUGCCAAGGAGGAGCUUCUCAAGGAAGAGCCUGUGAAGGAGGAACCUGUCAAGGAGGAGUCCGUCGCCGAGCCUAGCACCGAGAAGGUUACGGAAGAGCCUGUUGUCACCGAGACGUCAUCCGAAACUGUUCCUACUCAAGAAUCGACUGAGACUCCAGCCACCGAGGAAGUCGAAGCCGAGCAAGCCGCGGAGGAGCCUAUUGAGACCCAAGUCGCAGAGACUUCUGCCAUCGAGCCUCUUCCUGAAGUGGCUUCUACCGAGGCGGGCGAGAAGGAAGAGCCUGUUGCGGAGCCAGUCACCGAGGAGUCUUCCGAGGUCGCUGCUGAGGUUGCGCCAGUGGAAGCCGCCGCCGAAACCACGACUGUCGAUGAGUCCAAGGCUGAAGAGUCCGUGUCUGAGGAGAAGCCUGUAGAGGAGGCUGCCACUGAAGCCCCGGUUGAGGUCGCCACUGAAGCUUCUGAGCCCGCCAAGGAGGUCGUCGCUGACGAGCCUACUCCCGAGGUCUCGCACACUGAGUCUGUGGAGGAGCCGAAGGAGACCACAGUCGUCGAUGACAAGGAAAUGGAAGUGAACGCCGUGGGGGAGCCGAUGGAGCCCCCUGUGGAAGCCGCCAACGAGUCAGGUCAGACCGAAGCCGCUGCCGAGGAACCUACUUUGGAAGGCGCAACCGCCGAGACCAACACUCAGGAGGAGCCUGCUCACCCAGAGACCGUCGCGGAAGAGCCCGUUGUAGAGACUCCUGCUGAAGCCACUACCUCCGAAGCCGCUGCUCCCGAGAUCGCUCAAGAGCCUAUUGAGAAGGAAACCGUCACUGAGGAGCCAGCCGUAGAGAACCCUAAGAACGCCAUUGUGGAAGAGCCGGUUGUUGAGACCACUGCCGAGAAGACGCCCGAGGAGCCUGUCGUUGAAGUUCCUGCUGAGGUGGAAAGCGAGAAGGAACCUGCUGUUGAGCCCACACAAGAGCAGACCGUGGAGGAGCCUGUUUCUGAGCAGCCGGUUGCUGAAACUUUGGUGGAGGAGCCUGUGAAGGAAGAACCUGCUGUUGAAGCUCCUGCUACUGAAGCGCCCGCGGUUGAGGAGUCCGCUGCUGAGACUACUUCUGAAAAGGCGACAGAAGAGCCUGCUGUUGAGGAGGCAGUUGCUAACGCUGUUGUUGCUGAAGUUACUGAGGAGCCAGUUGUCAAGGAGGAACCUGUUGUCGAAGAAUCCGUCGACCCGACUACCGAGAAGACCUCCGAAGAGUCUGCCGUUGAGCAACCAGUCGUCGAAACCGCCCUUGACAAGGAGCCCGAGCAGGAGCCCACAACGAAGGAAGAGUCAACGGUUGAAGAACCAGCUGUCGAGGCCACUCCUGAGGUCAGCCACGGAGAAAUUCCGGAGGAACCCGUCGCCGAGACUCCUGCUAUGGAAAGACCUAUUGCUCAAGAACCUGUUGCUGAGCCCAUCGUUGCUGAGGCUGCUGAGACUGUCAAUGAGCCUUUGGCUGAUGCAGUGACUGCGGAAGAGCCUGUAGCAGAGGCCAUCGUUGCCGAGACUGCCAAGGCCGUUGAAGAGCCUGCUCAGGAGACCCCCGUUGCUGAGGAGCCAACUCACGAAGCUCUCACCGUGGAGGAAGUCGCAGACCAGGAGAAGACUGUCGAGGAGCCCGUCGCUGAGGCCACUGAAGAGUCUGCUUCUUCCACUGAGCAGCCGGCUCUCGAGACUUCUGCUCCCGAGGAGCCUUCCGAGGAGGCGCCUGCUGUCGACACUACUGCUACCGAGACUGCCGAAGAGAAAGCUCAGGAGGAGCCUACCGUCGCUGUCGAAGAGCCCGUGGUGGAAGCCGCCGCUGCUGAGGAACCCGUCACCGAACAGCCUACUGUUGAAGAGCCCGCCCAAGUCGAACCCGCUGCCGCUGAGCCUGUGACUGAGAAUGUUGUUGAAGCUGCAGAGAUCGUUCAGGAGCCUGUUGCGGAAGAGCCCGUCACCGAAAAGGUUACCGAAGCCGCGGAGCCCACCAAGAAGGAGCCUGUCGCCGAGGAAUCUGCCCAACCCGAGCCAGCUGCUACCGAGAAGGUCACUGAGGAGGUUGCUGACGUUGCGGAGCCAGCCAAGGAGGAAUCAGCUGUGGAGGAGCAAGCACCCGAGGUUCCUGUCACCGAAGAGCCCGCCGCGUCCGAGCCAGUGACUGAGGAGGCUGUCACUGCUGAAGAGGUCGCUCCUGUUACGGAGGCGCCUGCUGAAGAGAUUCAAGAAGAGCCUAAGGAGGUCCCUGUUGUCGAGGAGACUCCCGCCGUCGAGGAGAGCGUUGUUCCAGAGGUCACCAUCGAGAAAUCUCAGGAGGAGCCUAAGGAGGCACCUGUUGUUGAGGAGACUCCCACUGUCGAGGAGACUCCUGUCGAAGAGACCCCAGCUGUCGAAGAGACCCCUGCUGUCGAGGAGGUUCCCGCUGCAGAGGAGACUCCCGCUGUUGAGGAGACUCCUGUCGAAGAGACCCCAGCUGUCGAAGAGACCCCUGCUGUUGAGGAGACCCCUGCUGUUGAGGAGACCCCCGCUGUUGAGGAGACCCCCGCUGUUGACGAGACCACCGCUGUCGAGGAGACCCCCGCUGUCGAGGAGACCCCUGCUGUCGAAGAGACCCCUGCUGUCGAGGAAGUUCCCGCUGCAGAGGAGACUCCCGCUGUCGAGGAGACUCCUGUCGAAGAGACCCCUGCUGUCGAGGAGGUUCCCGCUGUCGAGGAGACUCCCGCUGUCGAGACUGCUACUGUGGAGGCAACUCGUGCUGUUGAGGAGACCACCGCUGUUGAGGAGACCCCAGCUUUCGAGGAGACCCCCGCUGUCGAGGAGACCCCCGCUGUUGAGGAGACCCCCGCUGUCGAGGAGACCCCCGCUGUCGAGGAGACUCCUGUCGAAGAGAUCCCUGCUGUCGAGAAGGUUCCCGCUGUCGAGGAGACUCCUGUCGAAGAGACCCCUGCUGUCGAGGAGACUCCCGCUGUUGAGGAGACCCCUGCUCCAGAAGUCACAACCGAGAAGUCUCAGGAAGAGCUUAAGGAGGCUCCUGUUGUCGAAGAAACUCCCAUUGAGGAGACACUUCCCGAGGUGGCUGCAGUAGCUGUUGCUGACGAGCCUAAGGAAGCACCGGUUGUUGAGGAGACCCCAAUCGAGAAGACCAUCGACGAGGCUCAGCCGACAUCUGCAGCAGCUGUCGAGGAGCCUGUCGCUGUGCCCGUCCAAGAGUCUGUUGAGGAAUCUGUUCCCGAGGUCGCCGAGAAAGAAGUUGAAGCUCCCGCCACGGAAGACUUCAUUCCUGCAGUCGUCAAGGAAGAUGUUGCCCGCGUGACGGAAAGUGUUGAGGAGCCUGUUGCCGCUGAGCCAACACUUGAGACUGUUGCACCUGCAUCUGCUCCCGAGCCUACUCCGGUCGAGGCGGCUGAGGAAACCCAAGUGCAGGAGGAGGAGCAACUUUCUGAGCGUGUGUCUUUCGCCGAGAUUGAAGGCAAGGAGGUGCAAACGCCCAUCAAUGGAGUCAUCAACACGCAGACGGCUGCCCAAGAGGAAGUCACCGACGCUGCAAGCACCGUCAAGGACGAUACUCCUGCCGAGCCGGCUUCUUUGCAGUCGGAGGAAGUCAGCAGAGAAAUCGUGCCUGAAGAUUCCGUCGCUUCUGAACCUGUUGCUGAGGCUGCUACGGAGCAAGAGUGCCCCAAGGACAGUCUUCUGACACCCGAGAUUAUUGCCGCCGGCGCUGCCGCCGCCGUUGCUGCCGGAACUGCUGCUGCCGUUGGAGCCGCUUCGGUCUCCCACAAGGAGCCUGAGGCUGCUGCACCUGCUGAGACCAAAUCACAGGAACCCCAGCCCGAGAACAAGGACAAGGCCGUCAACGUCGUGCCUGGAACCUGGCCCACUGAGGGUAAGAGCUCUCUGGCGACGAGUAAGCAGCUCGGAACUGACCCUGAUACAGCCCUCGCCGGUGACGACGCCGCCAAAUCGACCCGCGAGCCCACCGCCGAAUCGUCAUCGAACGCUGCUGACAAGGCCGUGGCCACCAAGGGCGAUGAGAACCCUCGCUCACAGAGUCAAAAUCGGUCAGUCACCGCUGUUUCUCUGAAUCAUAAGAAGCAUGACAGCUGGUUGAAGACUAUCUUACGCGCUGUGUUUACCAAUUUCUUUGGAGCAAUCUUUUCUCCCUUCCGCCGUCGCGGAGGGAACAACCAAUAG